CGUAAAAUUUCCCUCCGUCCCACUUCUAAGCAGUUGAAAGAAAAGAAAAUCGAGCAAUGCUUGUUGUUGCCAUCGCGCCUUUUCCCCUUGCGAUCUCACAAUUCUCUCUCUGAAAUGGCUAGAGACCUAGGGCUUCUUUGAGAGAUUAACUGCUAGAAUAAUGGCGGUGAUUAUCGAAAAUUCAGUUUGGGAACCAAAUCCAUUUUUGUUCAUUUUCAUCUUCCUCUCUUGUUUUCUUUCGAUCUUUCUUCUACCUUAUGCUUCCAAAAAUAGCUCCACCAGAGCUCCUGCUCCGUUCGAGCAUGGAUUUUCAUCCGCCUUUUCUAGUUUCCAGCGGAAGUUCCUGCUACUUUAUUCUCUUGCCUCAGUAAUGGAAGGCUUAUGGUCAGUGUAUGGUGAAUUUGAGUUUACGUAUCGUGGAGUUAGCAGAGAGCAGAUAGUGUUGUCUCUAUGUGUUGGAUAUGCAGCUUCUCUCUUCGUCGGUACCUUUUUGGGCAUUCUAUCCGAUUUGAUAGGUCAAAAGAAAGUCUGUAUGACCUUUUGCAUUAUACACCUUGUUACUGCCAUAUGGAAGAGGAUUUCUGUGCAUCCAAGUCUCUUUAUUGCCAGUAUUGGCUUAUCUCUUGCUACUUCAAUAUUUUCAUUCAGUUUCGAAACAUGGAUGGUGCAUCAUCAUGAGAAGCAGGGUCAAAGGCAAGAUAUGUUAAGUGACACAUUUUGGCUAAUGACUAUAUUUGAGUCUGUCUCUUUGAUUGGAAACCAGAUGCUUGUGAAUAGUUUGAUCGGUGAUAAUGUUGAGAGGAAUAUGUUUACUCCUUCCACCAUUGCUGUGUUCUUGGCAGUGAUAUGUUUAACUUUUAUCAUCAAAGGGUGGACAGAAGUAUCACAAAGAAUAGAACUGGAGGACUAUAGAACUUCUUUCAGUGCAUAUAUUUUUAGUGAUAAAAGGAUAUGGUUAUUGGCAUGGGCCCAAGCUUCUAUUCACUUCUCUGUUGCAUUCUUUUGGAUUCUUUGGGCACCAACAUUAGUGGCUGAUGGGCGGGAAGUCCAUCUAGGGUUGAUAUAUCCAUGUUUGCUGGGAUCAAGAAUCCUUGGAAGCUCAUUGUUUCCAUGGCUUAUGAGUGGAACAUCAUCUCUUCGGACUGAAGAUUGUUUACUAUAUUGCUUCGUAAUAUCAGGGCUUGUGAUGUCAAUUGUUGCUUUUGAUUAUCAGGAGCUUGGAGUUUUAGUGAUGCUAUUUUCCAUAUUUCAUGCCUGUGUAGGUUUAAUUUUACCUUCACUUGCAAGAUUAAGGACCAUGUAUGUGCCAAAUAAGUUACGUGGAGGGAUGAUUAGCUUAUCUCUGGCCCCGGCAAAUGCGGCAAUUUUGUUUUUUCUGUUGCAGGGAGGCUAUUACCAGCGCAUCGAAAAUUCAGUGAUAAUAGCAUUUGCUGCCCUUGGUCUGUUCACUUCGGCUGGCGGUAUGUAUGCAUUGAAACGCUGGGGAAAGCAUCCAUAUCAGACCUGGCAAAAGCAGUAAGUUGUUUUCACAUUUCAAGCUUUGGUUUGAAGUUGGUACACAUCCAUUCAGAAGUGCAACUUCUAAUCUUAUGGUUCAAGCUUGCAAGGCAACGUUAUGGGAUAUCAAUUUGUUUGUUGGUUAUGAUUAAAAUUCAACAAACCCAGUCCAUCCUAUUUCCCUGUUUCUGGGAAAUCCGGCUAAAUUCCUUUUGAUGUGACGUUAAAUCUUGGAUUGAGCUAGAGGACUCUUCAACCCAGAUUUUAAUGUUGUAGAUGAAGACAAUUAGCUGCCAAGGGGGUUUGUGCCUUUUAACCCUCUGAGUCAAAUAUAAAAUGCGUUUUCAUCCUUGGGAUCCAAAACCAACGAAGCAGCUAGACUCGUGCUCUCACGGGUUUAGAACCUGUUUUAUACCUUUGUAAACUUUAAAUGAGAUGAUAUCGGGUAUUGUGCCUUUACUUAAUUGCUUCACUAGUGAAUAAUGAAUAGUUUUGUAUCAAUUAAAUUUUAGUAUAUAUUUAAUUUUGCUCAACAAUGUGAGGGAUUUGAACCUUUCAUUCAAAUAUGAUCUCUUAGUCCUCA